UUCAACAUCUCGAAAAACUACCAAAGAAACAAAACCACUUUAAAGCUGCUGGCUGGCUGACCCUACGAUGAGUGUGGCGAUGCGUAUGAAUAAUGGUCUUCACCAUGCAGUUUCAAUGGGCACUAUAGAUUCACACGCUAAACCCACAUAUCCCAAUCAAACAGAUAGAAAUUAUGAUUCCGAAGACGAAAAUACGCAUCGUAGAAGACUAAGACACACUUCAUCGACCGAACUCUAUCCAAAACCUUCACAGUACUCCAAAGGAGACAUAAGAGAGCAGUAUUGUUUAACUGAUCGCCAAGUAAACACCAUAGAACGUUCUAGACGAGAGAAGUUUUUUGGUUGCCUAUCCAGACGCAGUGCUCCUCAAUCGCUGUUGGGUGGUUGUGUUGGCAGACGUAUACCGUCAGAUGAAAAUCUGGCUCCAUACACACCAUUCUAUAAGUAUUCACGUUUUAAUCAACAAUAUCCACCAGCUGCUGCCGCUGCUGACAGUAUGGACUUGGAUAGUUCCUAUUUCCGCAGACAACCAGCCUCAAUUUUAAGCACAUCCAAAAUGGUUGAUGCCUCCACCGAUAAUCGUCAAACUUCAUGGAUGGAACAACAACAGCAGCAACAUCACCAUCAGCAACAACAGCAGCAGCAACAUCAACAACAACAGCAGCAACAAAAUCAACAACAUCACCAGCAACAUGUCUACAACAACUAUGAUACAAUUAGCUAUAUCAACGAUAAAGGCUCUUAUCACUGCCCUUCUCAUAUAGGAGUAAAUACAGGCUUGCAACAACAUGCUGGUGCACCCACAACACCCAGGUCAGUCUAUUUUACUUGCAGAACUAAACAUGUGAGUUUCGCCCGCUCUCAUACUCUGACAUCUUUUGAUGAUUUCAAUGUGGGCUUUCGUUCUUCGGGGCGCAUGAAAACGGCCCAGUCGCAGGAGCGUUUAAUUGGAGGAAAGAAACCUGUAGGUCCAACUGCAUCCUAUUAUGAUACCAUACCUAUGUGUGGACCUCCUAUCACUGCCAUAAUGGGCUCCACCUCCACCAUACAUAUGCUGCCUCAGGCUACAGUUCCUGUUCACCAGAUUGGACACACGCACCAGCAUCACAUGGGACACAUACAGCCCACCUAUGUCCCCACUUAUGUCACCGAACAGCAUGUUCAAACACAACAGCCGACCACUUUGAUGGCUGCCAUACCUUUGAUAGAGGACAUUUCAGCGCUGAAUAUGAGUUCAGUAGUACAAGGCGGCCUGUCUGCUCUACCGCCACCCAGUCCCGAGGUUAUAGUGGUAGAGAAGAAAUUUCGCAACGCCAUGAAGACACAAGCCACACAAACCGAUGUUCGUAAAAAUGAGUUUGAGGAAAACUUGGCUUUGAGUCCCAGGACUAUACAUCGGGUGAAGGUGGUAUCGCAAGGUGCCCAAACAAAUGGCAUGCAAAAUGGCAAACCCUUGGCCAAAAGUUUAUCUCAGAUACCUUACGAUAGUCGCCAGAUUGAUGACACCAUGGAUGCUAAUAUGGCCGACCAUGAAGCUUUACAUCGCACACAAUCCGAAGAACCGCCGAAAUCUCCCUUGGAGAGUAAUUUUACUUAUUACCAACCACCUCCUCCAUUGGAAUAUGAUACCAACCAUGAGCUGUACUAUCAGCAGCCCAAGAGGGAGCAUAUGAUCCUGCCAAAGGAAGAUUCAUUUUCCUACGAAAGUAAUAGUUUGCCGCGCCGAACCUGUGGUUUUCGUUUGGACACCGACUUUCAUAGUUUGCCGCGGCGUGACAUGCACAAUGUUCAGGAUGUUUGCAAGCAUAUAACAGAAUGUUCCGAACUAAUGGCUGAUGGCUCCUCCGAUUUUACAUCUGAUCUUUUGCCGCCACCUCAAGAAUAUUGUCUGAACGAUGAUGAUGAUUCUUUGGAUACUACACAAACAUUUCCCAAAGAAUAUACCGACACUAAUCGCCGCAAAUCCAUGUUAGUAACCAUGGAGCCUCAAAACGAUACUCCCUUUCGGCGCGAUGACAUACGUCGUCAAUCCAUGCCGGUUUAUGUUAAAACUGAGAAACUCAUAGAUUUAGACUAUGCCACCGCCAAAGGAUCACGUAGGUUCUCACGCAAAUCAUUCAGAGACGAUAUGUCAGACGAAAAGGAAAUCAUAAUCGACUUUAAGCCGUAUGUGAAAUCUGAUUUUCAUAUUAAACCUUUUCGUCAGAGGUUGACAAAGACAAUCGGCAAGCCGGAGGAGCAAGAAGAGUAUUACGCACCACGGGAACCUUUAGAUUCUGUAUCAGCGGAAAGUGAUCACAGCGAAGAUCUACAUAGAGACCCGGUUUAUGAAAAUAUACAGACGUGCAUGUGCAAUAUACCUGAUGUUCAAGAAGCAGAGUGCAGCGAACAAGAAGAAAAAGAGGGUAGAGGGUCGGGUAUUUCAGCACCGCCAAGCCCCUUAAGAGAAGAGCCUAUAGGUCAUGCCUCUACCUAUCCGUCAUCUGAUUCAUUAGCCAAUGAUGUCACCCGAGAUCAUUCAGAUGGUCAUUGGAAUGAAUCUGAGGUGACUGUGUUAACGGCAGAGCAACGAUCAGAGGCAUCAUAUAAUUCAAAUCUUCUACUGACACCCUCUACCAAACGCAAACAUCUACUGUUGCAACAUCAGCAAAGAAGUUCGGUGGAUACAGAUGCUUUGGAUCUCGAAGAACAGUUCACCGAUCAAAGUCCCACAUUUAGUCAGGGUUCAUUGAGUAUGAAGUCGCGUUCCCCAGUAACACCACAAAGUGAAAAAGAACCCAAAUUGUAUGCCACCCCACAAAUGAAACUGAUUUCACCCUCCAUUGAGAUAACACCCUCGUUUGGCAAGAGCUCUACAUUAACAAGAGCUGCUGCGAAAACCAUGGUAGCUUCACCCCGAAAGAGCAUUAUAACAAUUCCUCAGAAAGAGCAAAGAAGAUUAUCCGAAAUCUCUUUGGGCUUGUCCUCCAUGACAGACAUACCGAAAAGUGUUACGGGCAAUGCCGAUAAUUCUGAAUGUAGUACCAACACGAAUACAGAGGAAUAUGCCACAUGUACCGAUACAUCUAGGCGAACGCAAGGUAUGAGGACAACCCUAACCACAACCACUACAAGCUCAUCAUCAACUACACAAGUACCAGCUUCCACCCAAAGCUCCCAAAUGGACAAAAGCCAUGGCGAAUCUUCAUUUGAAAGCGCCUCAUCUUUGUAUUCUUCCAAAGCAGAAAUAUUAACCGAAGAUAUGUUGCUAACUGAGGACACGCGCAGCGAAUCGAAAUCCAGAAUGGAAUUGAGUCUUAAUUUACCUUUAACACCAAUCGAUGUUCCUAAGAAAUCACCCACCCAUUCUGUAAGCAGUACUUCCUCAGGCAGCUAUAAUGUAGGAGGUGAAGGUAAAACCCCGGAGACGGAAAAAAUAUCUCCUUCCACCAAGAAAACAAGCUCUUCUCCUUUGGCCCAAAGGGCAGAGCAGGUGCGCAUUAAAAUGGAAUCUGUAUCGGAUGAUGAGCGCAGUGAGAUGCGCUACUCUUCCUCGGGCUACUAUGAAAGUCCACAUGAUGAUGAAUAUCAGAAAAUUAAAUCACGCAGACAUCGGCAAGAGGAGGAUCGCAAACGUAGAAAAAACUCCAUGAAAAUCGACAUAGAAAAAGAAAAUAUGCGCGCUUUAACUAGUCCCAUCAAAAGGGAACAAUUGAAAAAAUCACCGGAAAGACAAAAGGUCUCCAGUGCUUUGGCCGAAUCGACUAGCCCCAUAAAACUUAAACGUUUCCGUCCUAAAAUACGUCGUCAACUAAGGCGUUCUUCACGCGACGAAAGUAUACCCAAACAACGUAAACCAAAUGCUGCUAGCCUUUCGCCCCAAGGCAACAUGGAGAAACUGCUGGAUGUUAGUAUGUCUGCGGUGAUAUCACCUAAGACACCGCCUGCUCCGCACAAGCCAGAAGUGGAAAGUAUAGUGCCGGCCAAAACUAAAGACAUGACUGGCAUGAAAAUUGCCUCAUCGUUGGCGCCCACUUAUGUGAAAUCAGCCUCGGAAACCUGUCAAUUAAAAGCCAAAUCAAUUGAGUCCCUCAAUCGCUCUGUAUCGCCUGGUUCCGAUUCCGUUUUUUACAGUGAAGCUGAUGGCAAUCAUCAUGCUGAACCGCACAGUGGCCACUGUUCGCACUGCGGCAAAGAGGUGGAGGAGCCAAGUGUAGUUUGUGGCGAUUCGGUAGAAUCAUUACCUUACAUAGACAACGAACCGGAUAUUGUUAAGCCACCGUCCGAUUUUGCCGAUUCGCCUGUAACUAGCAAAACACCGCAGCGUCUGUACAAGAAAAUGGAUAAACGCUUUAGGUCCGAAGAACGUUAUCACACUGAAAGGGGCAGGCAUUACAAGAGCCGAAAAGAUAAUAUAAGAGCUAAGAGCGAGGAACGUAAUCAAGAGUGUAAUAAGAAGAACACGCCAAAUUUGCGUCCUGCCGGAUCAAGUCCUUGCAUACUGCCAGAAAUAACGAAUGAAACUAAACAACAAACCAUCUACAUAGGACACUAUGAGUGUGCUCGAUACACCCGUUUAACCGAUUCCGAUAUAUGGGCCCAACUGGAUCAUCAAUCAUUAGAAAGAAAUCGCGGCAGACGUUCUUCCACUGAAUCGGAAAAAAGCUUUUACUCCAAAUAUCAAGUUAUACUACAUCGUUUGGUGCAGAGACGUUGUACUUUGGAAAUGUAUCAUCGUCAAAAAAGCGAUACUUUUGUUUUUUGGGGAGCCAAAUUAUCGAUUGAUCGAACUUCAAAUGAAAAUCUUGACCUACGUUUUAUUUUUAUUCUAGAAUUGAUCACCUCAAAUUCGGCGCAAAAUUCGCUGAGGCGAAGACUAGAGGAAAUUUUAAAGUUAAUGUUACUAGUAUGGGCCAGAGAAGGUCAUGUACUAUCGAAACUAACACAGGGAGAAUAUGGAGUUGACAAAACAGUUGUGGUUAAGAGUGAUUCGGGAGAGUUUGGCUUUCGCAUACAUGGCUCCAAGCCGGUAGUUGUGGCUGCCAUAGAACCAGAUACCCCAGCAGAAAGUUCUGGUCUAGAAGUGGGUGAUAUCAUAAUAUCGGUAAAUGGUGUUAAGGUUCUUGAUAAACAUCACACAGAAGUGGUGAAAAUAGCCCAUGAUGGUUGUGAAAAAUUGGAGUUGGAAGUGGCACGCACUCUAGGCGUUCUAAUGAACGAACAACAAGAACCACCGAUACAAGUCAUUUACAGCGGCUAUUUGUGGCGCCAGAGUGGUCAGGCCAAAGGUUCGCCGAAUACCAAAAAGUGGGUACAAAGAUGGUUUGUUUUGCGUUCAGACAAUUGUCUAUAUUACUACAAGACUGAAGAGGAUACUCAACCUGUGGGUGCCAUGAUUAUGGCCAAACAUAUUGUUGAAUCAUGUCCGCCAAAAAUCGGCAAACCUUAUGCAUUUAAAGUAGAUUCAGGAGAGGGUAUACCCAUGUAUGUGGCCGCUGAUAAUGAGGAAAUGGCCAAUCGCUGGAUAAAUAUUUUAAAGAAAGCCGCCAAUCAAGACAAUGCCUGGCUGGAUAAAAGUGCCCGCAAUCUUUAUAAACAACCCAGCAGCAUUACACGUCCCGAUUGUUUUGGUUAUCUAAUGAAAUUGGGCUCCAAAUGGUGUGGUUGGUCUAAACGUUAUUGUGUUUUAAAAGAUGCCUGCUUGUACUUCUUUCAAGAUGCCAAUUCAAAAUCGGCUUUGGGCAUGGUGUGUUUACAUGGCUAUAAAGUCUCUUCAAUGUCGGCGGCUGCUUCGGGUAAAAAGAACUCUUUUGAAAUUGUACCACCUGAACCCAAAUUAAGACAUUAUUAUUUUUACACCGAAUCCGAAAUGGAAAAGAAGAGAUGGAUUUCCGCUCUUGAAUACUCGAUAGAUCGUUGGAUCAAAUCUGGGUAACUAAGGUUGAAAACUAUGCCCAAAUCAAUUCACAGCUCUAAAAAGAAGCGACGUAGUUUUAGUUAUUUUAUGGAAUAGUUUAUAAACAAGUCACCAAGGUAUUGCAUAGAACCACGUCCUAAUCUUCCUACUACACUUGCAAACCAUGAAAACUAGAAGCACCCAUGAAGGGCAUCACAAAAAGAGAACUUGAUGGAUGUUAAUGAAUGAUUUUACCUAUAUAUACACUAACAAUAAGUAGAGAUCAAUACAAUACAAUAAAAAAUAAAACUUUUAUUUAAAAUGCCAAAUAUUUUCAUGCCAAAAAGUGGAACCAGUAUGUCUAAUAAAACAAACAACCAAAAUAAAAAAUAAUAAUUAAGAUUUAUAGAAAACAAAUAUUUGAAGUUCAAAACCUAAAAUAAAACAAACAAGUUCUACAUUUAGCACCAAAAAUAAAACAAAUCUUCAAAAACAAAAACUUAAAGUGAAAAUAAUGCAAAUAAAAAUUAAAAAUCAACAAAAUUUCAUAAAUCAUUUGGAAAACCAGCAACAAACACAAAACCAAAAAUAAUAAAACAAACAAUAUUUAGAGAAUAUUCAAAAGUAAAUAUGAAAAAUUUAGAUAAAAAUUAAAAAUGAACAAAAACAAAAAAAAAAAAAGAUUAUGAAACUAUUAUUAAAUUAUGAAAAAGAAAAAAACAAAAAACAAAUGUAUAUGUGUAUUUAAUAUUAAAAGAAAAUAAGUAUCGGUAUAUACAAUACAAAAACACAUAUGUCCAUUCAGUUAUGGGUGUAUCUGCAAGUAUAUAUGUUUACAACAACAUAAACAAUUUAAACUUUAUUAUUUAUUUAUAAAACAAACAAAAACAAAUUAAAACUGAUUUUUUAUUUAUUUAAAACAAGGAUGAGAUUUUGAAACUUCUCAUGCUAACGAUUUAAAAAGAAAACUUUGCAGAAUUUAAGUUUUUUUGAUACAAAUAAACAAAAGUUUUUUAAGUAUUUAGUUUGUUAAUUUAUAUAGUUAUACA